UCGAUCUUUUUUUUUCAACCGUCAACAGUUGUCAGCAAUUGAUGCCUUCGGGUUCGGGAUCAUUUCGCUGGAAUUAAACUUGAGCCGAUUGCCUUCCAGAAUAGAUCAUGAGGAUCCCGUGCAUGUUUAAGGUGUGAUUUGUGGUGUGGAUAGCCGUUGUCCUGUGAAAAGUAAUUGUGCAGUGAAUUGUCGCUUUUUAUUAUUGGAAUAUUUAUUUGGUUCAGCUUGAGACGUUGUUGACAGAGAGUGCGCCAAGAUGAGCAAUCGUCAGCCACCGUCGAAUGAUGAGCUGGAGGUAGCCGAAGCUAAGAACCCACUCGUUGACCUGCUGUACGAUUACACGGCUCAAGCGCUCAUGAGCCGGAUCGGAAACUAUGUGUACCAUCGAUUCGAUGCCUGUCUGGCGAUCGUUGAAAAAACGGCCAAAUGGAGCUUACCGCAGCCUCCACCGAGCGAGGAAGACACGGGCAAGACGACGAUUUCGGCGCCCCCGUUGGUGCGGCCGUUACCAUGGAUAUUUUUCCUGCCGGCUUUGAUUGCGCUGAGAUUGCUCCGUUACUCAUUGUCAUUCGUUGCACUGUUGAUAGGGAAACAGCCCGUUUGCCCGAUAACCAUGGUUUCCUUCCUGCAAAAUAGGCGUCGCAAGCUCCGUGCGCUGAAGUAUCGUGGCCUGAAGCUGCAGCGAAUGCAACGUGCAGAAAAGGAGUCGAAACUGGAGGCCGAGGAACAGCUGGCGAACACGUGGCUCCGGCGGAUCACGCUACCCUUGCGAUACAUCAUCUGUUUUAGGGCCGUCCGUCCUGGAACCACGAUCUACCAGCGGGAUCAUCAUCACCAUCACCAUCAUCGACACCAUCAUCAACGGCCAUCGGAACAGCCGGGUGAGUUGGCGGAUGAGCCUACCACCGACGGAUCACAACGUGCGGAGCCACGUGAUCGUUCCACAACUAAGAAACGAAAUGCUCACGAACGAGAUGCCGAUGAUAGUGAGAGUUCGUUCGAGGAAGCCUCCGUACAGGAACUGUUGGAGAAGUAUGCCAGCGCGGAAGCCGAUUCCAGUUUCCAUGCAAGCGACGUAUCGUCAGCGGAUUCUGACAGUGACAUAUUCGAAAGCGACAAAUCCCACACGGAAGCAGCCGAAGAUGCUGAGAAGAAUGAUCCGAAAAAGAUCAAGAAGGAAAGUAAUGGCCAUACUGCUUCCCAAGGUAAGGAACCGGAGUCCAAGACGGAGAAGCCCCAGGAGACGAAGCAGAAGGCCUCACUGAACGCCACCGUAGACAAACCGGAAGAGAAGCCGACUGAACCGGCUCCGGAGAAUGGCAACGUUGCUUCGAAAAAGGAAUUGAACGAAGAAAAGCCGGCUGAAGCUACUCAGAAACCGACCGCAGCUGAAAGUGAGAGCAAAAUAGCCAAUCAAAGCAACCCAGGCAAAGAACAACCACCGGAGGACGCCAGUUCAAGGAAUGAUAAUCAAAAUUCGUCAAGCAAACAGUCGCCUGCUUCGAUGAAGGAAGUCAAGACCAGCUUCCAUCAGCGAAAUAAACAUCAGCAACAGCAUCAACCCAAUCAACAGCAGCAUCAACCCAAUCAACAGCAACAACAACAACAACAACAACAACAUACGGCAGCCAACGGUGGAGGUGGUGGCGGAAAGAAGCACAAGAAACCCCAUCAUCACAACACUCAACAUAACUGAAGCGUGACAGUUUGCUUUGAUUUGAUCAUUCCUUAGCACGAAGAAACAUAACACCUGAUCUUGAUUAUUUCUUUGCAUAUUGUAGUUUGUUUUUUGAUUUCUUAAGCUAUGUAAAACUAUGUACGUAUGAUGUUUGAUUUGUCAGAAUGUGUGAUUUUUUGCUUUUUGAGAAUAUAUACUUUUGUAAUUGUA